AAAGAAAAAAAAUGGGAAAGCUAAUAUUAAAAAAAAUCUUAAAACGUAUAGCACAAUGAAGAAACAUGGUGCGUCAAGAGACAGCUGGAUGUAUCGUGCAAUGACUUCGGCCUCCUACCCAUUUAUGGGACAGCCAUUAUUCACAGCCGAUUUCUUCAGCGACGGCAGAGACAUUGUCACUGAUACCCACAGCUUGACGAGCGAUCAACAACUUGUAUUGAAACGUGGCGAAACUGUAUGCUUUUCAAAAGCCGUGAUCGGCGCAGGCGUAGCAUGCUCGCUUUCCUAUUAUUGCGAACAGCCAAUCGACUCUGACAUUUAUGCGUCGUUCCGAGACGAAGCCGUUGAUUACUAUGUCACGCAAGGACGAUGGCAGCAGCACAAUGAACACAGCUUAUUGCACGACGCUAACCGAGACGACCAAGCAUGUGUGGAAUCGAUGCAGGUCCACGCACCACCCAAUACCAUGAACAACACCAGAGUGAUUGCCAUUCUCAACCGCAGCAAAAACCGCAGGAUCACCAAUGAGCAAGAGAUUGUGGAUGCCCUGAAAUCUAAAUACAUUAUCAAAUUGCUCAGUUUCGAUAAAGGCUGCUCGUUGGCAUCUUCAGCGUACUUGCUGCAUGAUGUGGAUGUCCUGAUUUCACCGCACGGGUCACAGGAAGGUGCAGCUAUCUUCAUGAAGGAUAAUUCGGUCGUGCUGAGCGUCGAUUCGCGCGGAUACUCGGAGGAUUGGUUUGCCUAUCCAUUCACUGCCAUGGGCCGACGGUUCUAUAAUUUCGAGUGCCAAGCCAUGAAUUGCGUGGAUACAGAUGUUGCAUUGGCCAAGCGCAAAUUCGAAGAGGUGGGCGUAUAUCUUCCGUCGCUGGAUGCAGUGCAGGAGUGCGCUUCUUGGUCAAACAAUCGAUCCCCGGAUGCAUGCAUCAAGGAGUAUCUUGGCGACACUGUGGAUUCGGAAAAGGCUUCAAAAGCGUCGCUCCACUAUCUCAAAGACGCACCACGACGCGCAGAUAUGAGUCGUCUGGUGCCAUUUAUCACCAAUGUCAUGCGAGAAUUCGAUGAUUUCCGGGACAUGUCCUACCGCCAGAUUUGUGAUAUGGAGAAAUGCUGUGGAUAUAACUGUGGCUAUGCGCUUGGUACGAAUGUCUAUGGCACGGACCGUGGAGGACAGAUGAAAGCAUGGCCGCAAGACCCGAUCACUAGCGAGAGAAAGAACAGCUGGGUCGUACAUUAAAGAAGAAUGACCAACGAUCACCAAAACUCAAAUGUAUUAGUAGAAAGCAAAGUAGAGAAUGUAUAAACACUU